GGUAAAAGACCAGAUGAGAACAUUACUUGAGAUCUCCAAGCCACUCGAACAGGUCUCUUCACCCAUCGGAAUGCUUUUCAAAUGGUGAAAGGAUAGCGACAAGAAAGAAAGCUGCUUUUUAUCUGUAACCUGGGAUUACAGCGCCUAGGUGCCGUGAACAAGCAUUUCAGUUGCUGGUAUUACGUGUUAAACCCUUAGCGGCAAUGAGGUAACUAAUCUUGAGUUCUGUUUCUUACCUAAAUUAUGAAAUUACACAAAAAAUGUUGAAAACUUGAGAUAUUUUCCAAGGCUUAGCAUAAUUGUACUCUAAGAUUGUGCUUCAAAAGCUUGUCCCCUUAUUACAAGAAGCUUUUCAAUUUUCAAAUAUGACAUUGUAUGCUCGCACCUUGUUAUACUUUCUCUUUAGUGUUCCAUAUAUUUCCUACGCUUUGAGAAACGCCACACUUGGGGAAAGAUAUGGUCACUUGUUUGCCACGCUACAGUCCCACUUUUCCAGCCACGAUGCGGUAGCCCUAGCCACAUUGAAAGGCUACCGGUAUUCAAACUAUUCUUUAUUACUGCGUGAGAUGCCUUGGGCUGCAACAAUAUGGACACUGCCUACACCAGCGUUCCGUGACUAUGGCAAGACCAAUGUCAAUUCGGGAAUCAAGACUAAUUUUAUCGCGCUUAAUUUUGGUCAGAACAAAUUGACAUAUCUAAAGACGUGUCCCACACGUCCCGUUGACCAUUAUUUCUUGGACUGCUUCUUUAUUGAAGAGAGGGCGGCGACAGGAAUCACUUCGAAUGAAUACUUCAAUGUGUGGUACACAAGAACGUUGUCUUGCGAGUUUAGAAAACUCUGUAACGGAAGAGGAGGUGCGGCACCCUGCUUUCUUUUGCCACCUGCAAGAGCUCUCUCAAGGCCUACAACGGAAUGCGAUGUUUUUUCAGUGAAAGACAAUUUGGCACUUCGGCAACGGCGGCUCAGAAAUAGCCUGAUAUACUUGGGCUGUGCAAAAGAGGGUAAAAUCGUGCCUUGCCAACUAGGGCUCAGUGGAUUCAUCAUCAAGGCACUUCAUAUUUACAACGUCACUUUAAAGAUAAUCUAUACUGCUCAAUCCGGUUCCCUAGUAAAUUCGCUCAAUGUCGGAAAUCUUGAUAUUGUUGGAAACCCGAUCACUCUCAACUAUCCCAUUGCCCCCUACUUCGAUAUUUACCAGAUUCUGUAUGAAAACAGCGAUAUAUUCUACAUCCCACGCGGGGACUUACACUUGGCGUCUUUUGUGAACAUUGUCGUUGCGGCAAAACAAGCGUUGUGUCUCGUUCUCGCGACUAUGAUGUGCAUUACUUUAGUAUUAACCAUUGCUGACCUCGGAGAAAGAAAUGGCUGGCAGUUCAGCUCUCUGCUGCACUUCUUGCUCCUUCUGGCAUCGCUUUACGGGACUUCGUCACCCAUUCCUCGCCGAAGAAGUUCACCGGUGACGCGCACUCUGGCGUACAGCGUCUGGUUCAUCGCCAUUAUUCCGCUGUCAAGCUAUUUGCGGGGCGAACUCGUCUCACAGCUUAGUGUACGCUCUACUGCGCACGUCAUGGACACUCUUGACGAAAUCGCUGAAGCACUAGGACGGAAAACAAUCACCCCGUGCUUCCGCGUUGGCACUUUGAUGCAUCACGCCACUGUACAUAACAGAAGCUACACAAAGUUCCAUGCUAAGCUGAGCCAAGCGUUCUAUGCGGCUGAUGAAAGAACAUCUUUAGAGACCAUGAACGUAGUACGCUGCCUGUCAUGUGCACGACAAAAAGACCACGUCUGCUUCACAGAUAAGUUGUCGAAGUGCUGGCAAGAGAAGGCUCGGGGAUUCGUUGAAUCUAAGGACACGCUAAAUCCCACGCUGACCAGUAUGCUUGUUCGGAAGAAUUUCGCGCUUAAGGGAGCAUUUCACAAAAUGGUGCGCGCCAUUCGUGAAUCAGGAUUUUCAGAGAAAACCCAAUCGUGCCCUCGAAUGAAUGGCGACGGCCCAGCUACUCUGCAGGAGCCAACUCAGAUAGAUGAGCUCAGCAGCUUCUUUGUGCUUUUCGUGCUGCUUCUACUCGCGUCUAGCUUUGUUCUGAUGCUUGAAGUAGGAAUUGCGAGGCUGUAGUGUUCAUUUUAAUAAUAUUGGUUCGUGAUUUGGUGCUUUCGUUCGUCGUAGAGGAAAUGUGAAUAUUUCUUCUGGGUUACAGGUUACAAUCUUUUUCUGUGCCACUGUAUGGCUAAAGUUCUGCGCUAAUGUGUGUUUCUUUGUUAACUUCGGUUCAACAUUUAACUGGUUUUAUUAUAGUGAACUCGGAUAACAUUGGCAAACCAAUUUUAUUUUUCUUUGUCUUGUGCAAAACACUCAGUGCAUUUUUUUAUCAUUUGGUACAACGGCCAGGCACGUACCUGCGUGACGUCACUGCAGCGCUUUCAUUUGAGAUUACCUUUCAGUUUCUUGUUUCCUUACAACGUUUUUCAACUAAUUCAGUUGUGUAAGUCAAUAUUUAGGCUGCACGUGAGGAAGCAGUUAUUUUGUUGAAGAGUGCAUGCUUCCGAGGCUCAAAGACUUGGUUUGUGGGGUACCGUCUGCUACCUUCAAAUAGACUUUGAAGCGUGUCAAGAGCGAAAUGACGCAGUGCCACCUAAAGCUAUUACUUGAAUUCAGCUUCUGCCGGCAUUUGCAGUACUCUUAAGUAAGCGACUUGAUACCUGUGGGUAUUGUGAGCUACUGUGUAAACUACGGUGUGUUGUGGUUGCAAUGUCAUUGUUUGCAUUGGCGUUCGUGAUGCUGUCGGUGGCGUUCCGCACCAACAGUCUUAUUCUCGCGGCAUCCUCUAUUGCGAGUGUGCCCCAGGAUGGAAGCUUAUCGGUAUUGUCAUGUACGGUGCCUUUGUGCUGCCAAUGCUGUGUUGAAGAGCGCGAAAGAAGAAUCACGCAUGAACAUAUCGCCAUUUUGUCACAAAAACGUUUCUCUGCGAUACCCACAUAAUGUGAUCCGCGUCUACCACAGUAUUGCUCAUUCUGGCCUCCGAAAUACAUGCAUUGAUGCCAGCGUUUUCAGAGUCUGUGGGGAGCGCAAAACUUUCCACUAAUUGCCUGGCACUGUUGUUGAGCCCUACAUAUUAUUCAUAUGUAAUGAAGAGGAAAAAAAUUGAGCGAUGGCUGAGUCGCUAGCACGCUCACCUCCCAAAUGCACAAUACCUCUCAGGCAUGGGCUCAAGUCACAGUGGAGGCGGUAUUGGAGAAGGUUUAUGUUCCUUCACGUGGCGACGCAGCGAAUCUGGGGAUGAGGAGCUGGCCUGAUGGCGACAAAAAGUCAUCGCGAUGUGUUGUUGAUGAGGACAACGGUCGUCGUCAGCGCAGCGUAUUAGAUGCGCGUACAGGACGGAGGAACAAGUCAAACCCAGUUUCAAACAUUUACUCUCUGACGCUGUAAAAAGAAUUUUGUGGAAACUUGUACUGUCUUAUCUAGUGUCUUAUGCAGUGUGAACAUCACUUGUGCACAGAUACCGACGGUAACAACUUGCCAAACUGUCAGAAGUGCACUUACUACGUAGCAGCUUAUUACAUCAGAGUGCUUGUAACGCGAUUGCACCGUUGCCUGCUAGCCCUUGCAGUUGAAAUAAAGAUGUGUAUUGUGU